UCUGGAGAUUCCGGGCACUUCCGCUGUCCCCAAACUGCUCCUUAGACCAUGGGGUUGGAUUGUGCGUCCGUGAAGGAGUUGGUGUCAUUUGAGGAUGUGGCUGUGGACUUCACCUGGGAGGAGUGGAGGGACCUGAAUGAUGCUCAGAGGACUUUGUACAUGGAUGUCAUGCUGGAGACCUACAGCAGCCUGGUGUCAUUGGGGUACUGGAUUAGUAAACCUGAGGUGAGCCUCAAGUUGGAGAAAGGAGCAGAGCCUUGGAUAAUAAAAGAACACCCAGACCAGAGCCUCCCAGAUGUCCAGAUAGUCAAUGACCUAAUUGAAAGGAGUCAAGAAAGUCAUGGUAGAUACUUGUGGCAAGGUGUAAUCAUCAAUGGCAACCAAUCAACUAAGGAGAAUGCAUAUUCAAUGCAUAUUUUAAAUCUGGUUAGAAAUAAUGAAAACUAUUCUGGAGUGGGGCAUGAGGAGUCUAAUGAAUAUCAGAAUUCACUUCUUCCAGAGACUGAUGCCAUGUGUGCUGGAAAGAAACCUGAUGAGCAUAAUAUAUCUGAGAAAUCACAGAGUUAUCAUGAGCAUCUUAGUCAGGAUCCUAAGAUUCCAGCUGGGCAACUUUUUGAAUAUAGUGACAAAGGACAGUCCUGCAACUCAGUGCCAAUAAUAUUUGUAUAUAAGAUAAUUUAUAUGGGUGAGACCACUUGUAAAUAUAGUGAAUAUUGGAAAGCCUGUAAUAAGUCAUCUGUCUUUGCCCCAGAGAUAACUCAGGUAGGGAAGAAAACUUUUCAAGGUGAUGUAUGUGCGAAAAUGUAUAAAAAGGCUAAACUUACUCAACAUCAGAUUAUAUACACAAGAGAGAAACAUGAUAAAUACAGUGAAUGUCAGAAAUCUUUUAUUAAGCAAUCAUACCUUAUCUCAUAUCAGGGAACAUCUGCAGGGAAAGCUUUUAACCAAAAGUCAACCCUCAACAUGCAUCAGAGAAGUCACAAAAGUAAAACAACAUAUGAAUGUAAGGAAAGUUCAAAAGAUUUUAACCAAAUGUCAGUCUUCAGCAUGCAUCAGAGAGCUCUCCCAGGUGAUAAGCCCUACAAAUGUAAUGGAUGUAGAAAAAUAUUUAACAAGAAAUCAUCUUUCAGGAUGCAUCAGAGUACUCACACAGGGAAAACACAUUAUGACUGUAAAGAAUGUGGAAAAGCUUUUAAGCAAAAGUCCAAACUCAGCAGGCAUCAAAGAAUUCACACAUGUGAGAAACCAUCUGAAUGUAAAGAAUGUGGGAAAGCUUUUAAGUUAAAGUCACACCUCCGCAAGCAUCAGAGAAUUCACACAGGUGAGAAACCAUAUGAAUGUAAAGAAUGUGGAAAAGCUUUUAAGCGAAAGUCACACCUCAGCAUGCAUCAGAGAAUUCACACAGGUGAGAAACCAUAUGAAUGUAAAGAAUGUGGAAAAGCUUUUAAGUUAAAGUCACACCUCAGCAAGCAUAAGAGAACCCACACAGGUGAGAAACCAUAUGAAUGUAAAGAAUGUGGAAAAGCUUUUAACCAAAAGUCAAACCUCAGCAUGCAUCAGAGCAUUCACACAGAUGAGAAACCAUAUGAAUGUAAAGAAUGUGGAAAAGCAUUUAACCAAAAGUCAAACCUUAGCAUGCAUCAGAGAAUACACACAGAUGAGAAACCAUACGAAUGUAAAGAAUGUGGAAAAGCUUUUAACCGAAAGUCAAACCUCAGCAGGCAUCAGAGAAUUCACAGAGGUGAGAAACGAUAUGAAUGUAAAGAAUGUGGAAAAGCUUUUAACCAAAAGUCACACCUCAGCAGGCAUCAGAGAAUUCACAGAGGUGAGAAACCAUAUGAAUGUAAAGAAUGUGGAAAAGCUUUUAACCAAAAGUCAAACCUCAGCAUGCAUCAGAGAAUACACACAGGUGAGAAGCCAUGUGAAUGUAAUGAAUGUGGAAAAAGUUUUUUUUACAAAGUCACAGUUGAGAAGACAUCAGGAUACUAACACAGGAAAAAACUCCUGAUGAGUUUAAUGUGACAGGUCUUGCACUGGAAUUCCCCCUAACAGACAAAAGAAUUCACACAAAGGAAAAUCUCAGUGAAUAUAAUUUGUGUGGGAAAAGAUUUUGCCAGAAGUCAUACCUCACGACAUCAAAGAACUUACAUCAAGAAGAAGACCUAUAAAUACACAAUUGUUCUCAGGUAUUGAAGAAUGUCUUGAGGAUCCCCUAUAGAUAUAAAAAUUUGCUGAUGCUCAAGUCCCUUCUAUAAAUGGUGUAGUGUUUGUGUAUUACCAAUUCACUUCCUGCUGUGUACUUUACAUCUUGUGUAGAUUACUUUUAAUACUGGAAAAAAUGGGAAUGCUGUGUAAAUUGUUAUAGUGUAUUGUUUUUCAGUUGUAGUUUCAUUUAUUAUUUUUAUUUACUUUUGAAGAUUUUUGAUAAGUAGUUUCUUGAAUCACCAGAUUUGUAACCCUCGGAUAUGGAAGGAGGACUGUAAUUGUCAGGCCUUAAAAACUAACGCCACCUUAAGUGAAAUUACAAGUGGAUUAACAUGGCAGCCUAAGAUGGCAACAGGAGGAAGUAGGGUGGGAGUGUCUGCGGGAACCUUGCCUUAGCCCUUAUUGGCCACCGCGCUCGUGAACACUGCGUGAUUGCAAUAGCUAGGCAUUGAGACAGGAUGCAUGCUCUUGACCUUUAAGCUGAUAGGAUUAUGUUAAAACCGCCCCUCCCCAUCUGCCUAUAAAAGCAAGUGCUUGUGUGAUAAUAAAC